AUGAAUAAUUUUUUUAUUUCAACAAAAUCUAAAGACUUAUGACCAAACUUUACAGGUCACUGGACAUAAAUUGAGCCACAAAUGGUUGCAUCAGAGUCAUAUUUAAAAAAAUGUGAACACAAUACUCAGCACAAGCCCAACCUAUUUGUGUGCAGGGUUGGUGCUCUGCUGUCCUCAGAUUUAUUCAGAUUAACAGGACCGGGCCUCACAAUGCAGCUUUGUUAAAGAAACAGAUUAACACAUCAAGUGACUGGUGGUGUAGGACUCCCUUACUCUCUCUCUCUUUUCUUCACUACUUCCUUUUUGUUGAACACUGUCUACACAUCUCCAGCCACAGCGGCCACAACACCACGAUUUUCCUGAGUGUGCAGUAAGUAACCACGACUUCAUAGCCUUGUAUGUGCGCUGUUAGUGUCAACCUCUUGUGUUGAUUUUUCUUCUUUAACCCUGCAAAGAUGAGGUGGGCAAUUUUAAAGAUGGGGGAAUUUUAGAUUUUGAAUGUUUAUUUUGGUGUUCAGGAAAAGCUGGAAAGUGCUGAGUUGACUUUGUGUGGGAUUACAAAUAGGAUUGGCAUGCAUGGAUUGAAAGCCGAGAACCACCUAAACCUGUCAUUUUGUUUUGUUUAAUUAGGUAUGUGAACACGUUGGCUGAUAAAAUCCAAGUUGAUCUCUGAUGCUGAGUUAAGAGGACUCAGAGAAAAACGCCCUGCGGUUUUCCUUCAUGUCAGGCCACAGUCAGUGAACAAUGGCAAGCGAGCAGCCAUGACAGUAACCUACUCUCGCAGGGUUGCUGAUGCAGGUCUGGGGACCUUCUUCCAUCUGCUUCUGCGGUGGAAGGGCAGCAUCUACAAACUUCUCUACAGGGAGCUCAUAAUCUUCACUCUUCUCUACUACUUCUUCAGUAUUGUUUAUAGGUAUAGUAACAGAAUGAAUCAGUCAUCUUUAAUACCAUCCUCUGACAAUGGUGAAUGUGGUGUGACACACAUACUUGAUGUUUUAGGCUGAUGGACAUUUUACAGUGGAUUGAAAUGUUAUCUGUUAAGUAUCACUAACAUUUGACUGAGAUAAUAAGACAUAUUUUAAGUGACUCAUUCUAUGUUUAGAGCUCGAGAAGCAGAUUUUACAUGAAACGUGUUUGCGUGAUUCCCUCUUUACUGGGACAUUGGAUUAUUUCUACAUAAACUUGACGCACUGAGAGUGGUUACAUUAUUCAAAAGAACCCCUAUCAACAAGACACUUUUUACAUGACAACCACAAGCUGGGAAGUUAUUACUUGUCUCAAUACAUCCAAGCCCAUUAUAUGAAAUUAAAGCUAGUUGUAUUUUGAUCGCAAUCAACUCAGCCGAUGUUUUCUCCACCAGGUUUGUGUUACAUGAUGACCAAAGAAGGCUGUUUGAGAAGCUGUCUCUAUACUGUGAUCGCUACGCUGAACUCAUCCCUGUGUCGUUUGUGCUGGGUAAGUAUUGGCCGCUGCUCAACUCCUAAAGUAAGUCCAUUUUUCUGGAAUCCAUCUUAGGAGGUUUUUAUUCAAUUCCUUAUUUGUUAAUUGUUUAACAGGUUUCUAUGUCACCUUGGUUGUAUCCCGUUGGUGGGGCCAGUUUGAGAACUUCCCCUGGCCGGACCGGUUGGCUUCAUUAGUGGGUGGUCAUGUUCGUGGAACUGAUGAGCCCUCCAGGUUGACCCGACGAACCCUAAUGCGUUACGCCAACCUCUCAGGUGUUCUCAUCUACCGCUCUGUCAGCACCGCUGUCUACAAGAGGUUUCCCACAAUGGAGCAUCUGGUGCAGGCAGGUAAGGUUCUGGUCAAUGGAACCAUCCAGUCUCACAAUUGUUGGUGCCACAUUAGCACCACUCCAGCCAACCGUGCUUGUUGCAUUCGUGUGAUUUAAAGGUCUUGAAUAAACUGUAAAAAGUGGGACUUUUGGUCUUUGCUGUCUAUCUCUUAUCUCUUAUGGCUUUCUUCCAUUUCUAUACCAUGUUUCUAAGGUUUGAUGACCUCAGAGGAGCUGAGAAGCUUGGAGGACUUGCCUUCUCCCCACAACAAGUUCUGGGUUCCCUGCAUGUGGUUUGUCAGUUUGACUCUGAGGGCUCGAACUGAAGGUCGCAUAAACAACGAUGUGGCACUCACCGCCAUUCUCACUGUAGGUUCAAUAUGCAAGAUUCUACAUAUCUCCUAAAUUUUUGCAAUAUGUAUGCAGUGAAACAUUGUUCAAACUAGUUUUGCCUGUCUUGCUUUUCUUUCUCUGUUCAGGAGUUGAAUAGUUUACGUGCAAAGUGUAUGAAGCUGUACGGCUAUGACUGGAUCAGCCUGCCUCUUGUCUAUACUCAGGUUUUGUUGAGACACUGUGCUGAAACCAAAGUUGAUGACUUGCUUAAAGACCAAAGUGAUUAAUUAGCUCAAUGCAGUGAUUAAUCUGAAAUUAAUAGUCAAAAAAAAGAAAAAGGGUUAACACUACUAACAAUCAAAAUGCUGUGCUGAUAUAAGAAAUACAGAUGGCCUAAAGAAUACGAUUUUGAGCGGUAUAACAAUAAUCAUGAACUUUAAAAUCAUUCACGAUUCAUCAAAACUAGCAAUCUGAUCUUGUCAAACAUGAUGAAAUUGGCAAAAGCAAUACAAAUUCUAGAGAAAUGAAUUUUCUCUCAAAGGUAGUAUCAAACGCUGCCAGACUUGACGUAUUUAUUUUUAAUAUUUUUUUAAGUAGGUGGUGACGGUGGCUGUUUACAGCUUCUUUCUGGCCUGUCUGAUUGGUCGACAGUUCUUGGACCCCACUCAGGGUUACCCCGGUCAUGAUGUGGACUUCUACCUGCCUGUUUUCACCCUGUUACAGUUCUUCUUUUAUGUUGGUUGGCUGAAGGUUAGGAACAACAGAUUGGUGAUGAUGUUGAAGCUGAUACUGUGAGAGAAAUUGUUUACUUGAUAUUCAUUUGUCCAUUUCUGAGCUGAAUCACUUUUUUCACUCAUGGUCUUAGGUGGCUGAGCAGCUCAUAAAUCCUUUUGGUGAGGAUGACGAUGACUUUGAAACCAACUGGCUUGUCGAUCGCAAUCUACAGGUUUAGAUUUAAACUUAACUCUCUCGCCAUAUUUAAUCAAAUGUGGUUUGAGGCUGUUGCGUUUCAUUUUCUUGGGUUCUUGUUAUCUCCCAGGUGUCCUUGUUGUCUGUGGAUGAAAUGUAUGACAGUCUUCCGCUGGUGGAAAGGGAUAUGUACUGGAAUGAGUCUGAACCUCAGCCUCCCUACACUGCUGCCAGUGCUGAACACCGCAAACCUUCCUUCAUGGGCUCAGCCCUGGAUAUAAGGUUCAGUCAUGUUCUUUUUAUCUUUCUGUAGCAGACAUUCAUUUUGUACUUUAACCAUAUAACAACUAUUCCCUUCAUCCAAACUAGUGUUCCCAAGGAGGAGAUGGAGUUCCAGUCAAAUCUGGAGCAAAUCAAAGAAAAUGAGGAGGCCAACUACUCCACCCCACUGCUUGGGGGUCUGGGUCGUCUUCUUGGUGUCCAUUCUCCUAACUUUCCUCGCUCUUCAAGGGUCUCUCUGCUGCGUCGCCGCCCUGGAGCUCCGUUAAGCCGCUUUCCUCUGUUCUUACACCCAGAAGCACUCUCAGCUCAGAGUCAAGCUCGCCAGCCUUUGAACCAAGAUGCAGACUACGCCUUCUCUAACAUUCCCUUAUAUGAGAGACCUGGUUUCUACAGCUGCCCACAAACACCUAUUCAUUGUGUCCCCCCUGCUGUGCCCCGUCCCCGACCUGCCCGCCGACCUCAGAACGAGUGUGACCGAAGCUGCACCUCCCUUGCUCAUCCAAUGGUGGCAUCACAGAUGCUUCCUCCAGACACCCCAAACCACAUCCCCCCACCUCCAUCCUCUGCAUUCCCCUGGCUCAGUGAGGAUGGUGGAGCCCCAAGUGCUCCUGCCUUCUCCUUUCCAGACCCCCCACCUGAACUCUGCCCAAUUUCAAAAGUAAGACCUGGACAUGGCCUGCUGUCUCGCCGCCCUCUACCUCCCCGCCUUACUCUGGACCCCCUUCCCUCAGUUGAUAGUCAACAAGGACCCCUAAGUGCAAGGGCAACAGGAAGUGGAGGAGAAAGGGUGUUCUCGUUCACUCCACCGUCUCGCACAGCAGCAGCAAAUCCUAAUAAUCCCAACAACAGCUCUAGCAGUAUUAAUGCAACUAGCACCAACGGCGCUGGCACAACAGGAAGUCUCUGCAACAAUACAAGUCACAGUAAUUUUAGUAACCAUGGUAACUUUAGCGCCAACAUGAGGACAAGCAAUGGGGGCGCCAACGGGGGAUUGAGCAAUAACAUGAACACAGUUCCCACUUCAGCAUCAUCACAACAAGAAACCAAUCAGCAGCACUCACCCAAUGACUCGGGAAUCUCACUGGCUGAAGGAGACCUUCUGGGCGUUCUGGCGGAUGGUGGGGGGAACAAGGCGGCUGGAGGGAGGGAGCAGGACUAA